GGGGGAUUUUCGGCUCUGCGGAGGCGGCGGCGGGUAAGGCCCAUUUAGAGGACGGAGGGACGGAGGUAAAGUCGGCCCAGCCCGGCUAAAACGAGGCUUCGGAUCGAGAAGAACCCAAACGCCCUCGAUGGAAGGAGUUUCCCGGGAGACCGUUAUCAAGAUGCUGGGCCCUGUCGUGUUUCGGGCUGUUCCCCUGCUUCUCUGCGACCGCAUCCUGCUCUCCUUGCUGGCCGACUGGGGCCCCUCCAUGGUCCCCCUGGGGGUUACAGCGGCUUGGCUGGAGGCCACUCUACGGCUGGUGGUUCUCUGGGGGGCCCGGGGCCUGCUCUCCGUGGGUGGGACCUCCCCAGUGUCCUCUUCCACGGUGGCCGCUGUCAGCAUCCUGCCCCCUUUGUACCUGCUGGUGGGACCCUGGCUGGGGGACCCUCCCCUCCUGGUCUCUUCGGCCGCUUGGUCCUGGUGGCUGGCAAUCUAUGGGGCGGUGGGCUUCUCCCGACUCCUCUGGGGGAUCCUGGCAGAAGGGCAAAGCACCAAGGAGUCCCGGAAAAAAGAAGACAAGGCCACCCUUUGGAAGAUGCUCCAACUUUUCGGUCCAGACAAGCUGUACCUCUCUGGCGCUUUCUUGUUCCUCAUCCUGGCGGUGAUUGGUGAAAUGUUCCUGCCCCAUUACACUGGGCUUUUGAUCGACAUCCUGGGCACUAAAUAUGACGCAGAAGCCUUUUCCACGAUCAUCUUUCUUCUCUGCCUCGUCUCAUUUGGAAGCUCGGCCUUUGCCAGCUGCCGUGGCAGUCUCUUUUUGUUCACCAUCUCUCGGAUGGUCAUCCGGAUUCGCAACUUACUCUUCUCUUCUCUGGUGCGGCAAGACUUGGCUUUCUUUCAGGAGGUGAAAACAGGGGCGCUGUCCUCCCGCCUUUCCAAAGACACAGUUAUGAUGAGCCACUCGGUGCCGCUCAACACCAACAUCUUCCUACGCACCCUGAUCAAGACCGUUGGGCUCUACGGAUUCAUGAUCGGCCUGUCCUGGCGCCUGACGCUGCUGAUGCUGAUCGAGACCCCACUCAUGAUGGCCGUCCAGAAGGUCUAUAAUGUCCGUCAUCAGGCUUUACUGAAGGCGAUCCAUGAUUCGAUGGCCCACUCAGACGACGUGGUGCACGAGGUAAUCUCCUCCGUGCAGACCGUGCGCAGUUUUGCCACCGAGGAGGAGGAGUCACAGCGCUACGAGGCAUCCUUGGAGGACACCUGUCGGCUGAAAAACCAAAGGGACUUGGAAAGGGUUGUUUACGGAUUUGCUGUCCGGGUCCUCCAGUUGAGCCUGAAGCUGAUCCUGCUCUUCUGUGGCUACCAGCAGAUCCACAACGGUCUCAUGACCAAAGGAAACCUGGUCUCCUUCAUCCUCUACCAGGCAAAUGUGGGGUGGUACGUGCAGGGCCUGAUUUACGCUUACGGGGAUGCCCUGAGCAAUGUGGGCGCUGCAGAGAAAGUCUUUGAAUACCUUGACCGGGAGCCGUCAGUCCGCACAGAAGGGACGCUGUCUAAAGAAUCCCUCCGCGGACACGUCUCCUUCCAAAAUGUUUCCUUCUGCUAUCCCUCCCGCCCUGAGAUCCAGGUCCUGAAGAAUGUCUCCUUUGAGCUCCCCCCUGGGAAAGUGACGGCAUUGGUGGGCCCGAACGGCAGUGGAAAAAGCAGCUGUGUGGCCCUCCUGGAGCACUUCUAUGAACCUCAGUCCGGGGAGGUCCUGCUGGAUGGAGUCCCAGUUGGGAAAUAUGAGCACAAGUAUCUUCAUAGGCAGGUGGCCCUGGUGGGCCAGGAGCCCGUACUAUUCUCUGGGUCCAUCAGGGAUAAUAUCACCUAUGGCCUGCAAGGCUGCAGCGAGGAAGAUGUGAGCAGAGCAGCGGAAGAAGCUGAUGCCUUGGGAUUCAUCCGUGAUCUGGAAGGAGGCUUUGAUGCAGAGGUGGGGGAGAAGGGGGGCCAGCUCUCCAUUGGGCAGAAGCAACGGCUGGCCAUCGCCCGGGCCCUGAUCCGUGACCCGAAGGUCUUGGUGCUGGAUGAAGCCACGAGUGCCUUGGACCCCGAGAGUGAUGCUGCAAUCCAACGGCUUGUGCAGAAACAUGGAGACCGGACCGUGUUGGUGAUUGCUCAUCGGAUGCAGACGGUGGAGAAUGCAGACAAGACUAUAGUGCUGGAAGGAGGAGAAGUUGUGGAGGAGGGGACUCACCUAGAGCUGAUGGCCCAGGAAGGCCUCUAUUACAAACUGGUGGAAAGGACCCAGGCGGAGUAACUUCCGGAGAUGCAACAGAGAUGCUCAGCCACAGGAUCCACUGCUUUUGUAGAUGCCAAAUGCAUGAUUGGUUGGGGAAAUAGACAACAGCACUCUCUUAGGGAAAGAGAGUGACCCAGAAGCUGGCCUGUUUAGCAGCUCUUGGCCAGUCAAGGGUUGCUGAAUUGCAGCCAUUUGGAAGAGGAGGCUGUCUUUUUCAUCUGGGGAUAAUUCAUGUGAUGUUAAGUGGCAACUGGGGCCCUGGAAACUCCGUAGUGAAAAGUGCACAAUCCCAUUUCAAGCAACUAUUUUGUUCAGCAAACAUACCAAUACCCGUUUUUUACUUGUUUAAAUUUAGUAUGUGAGACCUUUUUGUACAACCUGCUCUUUUGUCACACUUUUUAAUAUUGGUUGCAGAAAGUAGACUUCCUGUUUAUUUAACAAAAUUAAGUCUCUGUGUGAUCCCUUUUACUUCUGGCAAAUCUACAUAUGGAUGCAUGUCACAUAGGUAGGUCUCGAUUAGUGUGGUUAGAGAAUCCCACAAAGAGCCAACCAGCUCUCUAGAGAAGGAUCUAAAGCUGGGGGGAAAGGCACAAGAGAAGUGGAUGAUCAGUGCAAGGGGAAUGGAUUCAGUUACUGAAGGGAAGCCCUGAUGAUCCAGGUAAGUGUCUGGCUGCUAAGAGUUGACACUGACUUGAGGGCCCUCAACAAAUCAUCCAACCCAGUUAAAGUGUACAUCUUUUUUUCUCCCAACUUGCUUCCUAAUUUUAAGAAGACCCAAAUAUUUACUUUUUAAAGAUCCCAGGUUGUCAUUAACCAUGUCUCAGUGUAAUUAAUGCUUGGAUGGCAAAUAAGAUUCCAGCCCAAACCAAAUUUUUUUGCAUAUUCCACAUAAGCUUUCCCCCAAGUUUGAAUCCCUUGAAGAUGAGUAGCUUAACAGAAUAACAGGGUUGGAAGGAAUCUUGGAGGUCUUUCUGCUCAGGCAAGAAACACUACCAUUUCAGACAAAUGGUUUCCCAAUCUCUCCUUAAAAUCCUCCAAUGUUGGAGCACCCACAACUUCUGGAGGUAGAACUAGUUUUGAAUUAAAUUCAUUGCAUGGAUUUAUACGGUUUCUCCUGUAUGGAUCCCUUGGUGAAAAGUAAAGGUAUCGUCACACCUGUGCAUCCUUUGAGAAUCAAGUUGUCCUUUCUUAGCAAAACUGUUUCCACACACUAUAUUUUUAUGGUUCCUGGGUGAAUCCUUUCAUGAUUCAUAAGAUAUCCCAAGGAAGUCACUUCUCACACCAUACAUUUAUAUGGUUGUUGCCCAGCGUGGAUCCUUUUAUGAGAAUUAAAUUGUCCUGAGUAAAGUUCUUCCCGCGGUCCAGGCAUUUAUAUCAUUUCUUCCCUGUAUGGAUUCUCUGAUGGUGAGUCAGAGUUAUUCGCACUAAAGUCAUUUUCACACUAUGCAUUUAUGUUUCUCCCAUAUCAAUCUUAUUUUUUCUUGACUUUUCUGCUUGGUUGUUCCUGGCUGCUUGAGGAGUUGAUUGGGUUUCAAGAGGUUGCACAACCUAAAAAAACCAAACAGAAAUUGAUCCUCUGGGCUGUUUGUCCACCUAGCUAGCUAUAAUGUGGAUACUGCUGACUGUGAUGGUUGGUUUCAUAUACCGCAAAGAAUAUACAAAGGAAACUA